AAAAUCCCUCUUCCUUAUAUUCGUAGGCGGAAGUUCGCGUGAAGAGAGAAACAGAGAAGAUCGAAGAUCAAAAAAUGGAAGAGCAGGCUGAAAUGGUGGGGAGGGCAUUUGUGGAUCACUACUACCAUUUAUUUGACACUGAUAGAGCUUCCCUCUGUUCCCUUUACCAGCCUUCCUCUAUGCUGAGCUUUGAGGGGCAAAAGUUAUUUGGCGCUAAUGAUAUAUCUUCCAAGCUUAAUCAGCUGCCGUUUGAUCAAUGCAAGCAUUUGAUCAGCACCAUUGAUUCGCAGCCAUCGUCCCCAAGUGGCGGCAUUGUGGUCUUCGUCAGCGGCAGCCUCCAGUUACCGGGGGAAGAACACCACCUGAGAUUCAGCCAGAUGUUCCACUUGAUUCCCACUCCAGAAGGAACCUUUUUUGUGCAGAACGACAUAUUUCGACUCAAUUAUGGCUAAUUUAUAAAUUAUUACCCAAGCCAAACAAUGGGUUUUGCAAAGUAUUGCUGAAAUGUUGUUGCAACCUUGUUCUUGACUCUUGAAGGAAUAAAUACGUUUUAUCUGGUUAA